UGGGCAUAAUUUAAUCUAGAUUCCUUUUACAUGCGUAACGGUCUCAGCAACCCAAGUUUACUUUUGGACCAGUGCAAAAUGUCCAAAGAUUUUCUGGGUACAAUGGUGGCUAAACAAUACGAAGUCGUUAAGAAGUUUUUGAAAAUUAUACAAGCUCGAUCACCAAUGUAUUACGUGCGGUACAAAAAGUAUUCUAACAAAGAUCGGUUACUUAAAUUCAGAGAGGCUCUUCUCAAUCGAAUACAGUAUCAAACACGACGAAAUAUGAUUUCUGUUUUACAAACUAUUAGACGUCUUCGGUACCAAAAAAAUUUGACGAGGCUUUCAAAUUAUAUCGAGGAGGUAAUGGGAGAUUACACAGUACUGAAAACAAAUCGAAUUAUGCCAUGGAAGAUAGAGUUUAUUAAUGAUGUCUAUAAUACUUUGGGUUUAGCUUUAUCCGAACAGUAUGUUGUACCUAAAAACUUUCGAAUUGGUGACAAAAGCCCAGUUCUGCAAUUAUUGCAUUAUAACCCGCAUAAAGUUAAAGAAAUAAACACAUUUGUUUUCGGAGAUCGAUCCACACAUCAAGAUCAGGAGUCAGUGGACCCCACAAUUAUAAAAUCCAAACGACUGAUAUCUCGUUUGGAGAAACGCAUAGCAUUUUCUAAAUAUUCGAUUGAAAAAGCGUAUUUACUUCAUCAAAUUGCAUGCAUUCAUCUUCAGUCCAAUCACUAUGACGAGUGUUGUUUUGUUGCUCGCAAGGCCUUGCAGGCAGAGCUAUGCAACAGUAAUAUAUGGAGUUUCUUGAGCAUUAUUAUCACUGUGAAGUCCAAUGCAUCUUUAAAUAAAACGGAAGGUAUAAGUGAAGCUUUGAAAAAAGCGCUUUUAGUUGCUGAGAAGCUUCAAUCACCACAAAUAAUCGAAUUUGUCGAGACGUGCAUUUCUGGAAAUGAUCGUUUUUCUUGCGUAAGAGGCAUCGAUAGUCGUCGAGAAAGCAAAGCACAUACUCGGAAGUCUCUCAACUGAUAGAAUCUUUUGUACUCCAUCAAAAUUCACAGUGUUUCAAAUUAUUCGUUAUUAAAAUAAAAACUCCUUGAUAU